AUGGCGAGCAGCUUCUACGAUGAAGGUAUAGAAUCAUCGCCGUCAUCGUUACUUCGAUUAUCGCUACAGGUAGUUGCGAAAACAAUGUUUGAAUAUCACUGGUUUCCAUCUAUUGAUAGUCCCCUGCCAUCAGAAAUUUCCGAUUCGUUGAUGGCUACGCUUCGUUUCAACAAUUGGCUUAAUGGUAAAACAAUGGCACUAUUUGAUAAGCGUUUUCGUCUAACUGAGGUACAUUUAUCAUAUUCCUUGUUGAUGGUAAUGCCAAUUGAAAUGUUACGAAUGCAUCCAAUAAAACGUCUUACCAUUCGUGACACUUCAGUUACCGAUUCUGUUCGUGAUUUGCAUGGUAUUUUACAGUUACUUGGACCCCAUGCAUUAACGUCGCUGGAAUACAUUGACAUGUCCGGUGUAACGCCAGUAACAUGUAUAGCUUGUUUAGCUGAUUUGAAAUAUUUAACAACUUUAAUUGUUUCUGAAACACCGGCGUUUGGUGAUGCUGAAUUAAAAUUGGUGUGCAAAGAGAUGCGUUAUAUGAGAGUUCUUGAUUUAUCGCAAACAAUCAUUACAGCAAUUGCCCCAUUAAGUAAUUUGAAAGACACUUUGGAAGUACUUGUAAUGCAUCGACUUAGGUUUUCUCGUGCUAUAACAAUAAAUGGUGCUGCGGAUACAUUACGACUUCUUACUAAGUUAAAAUUUCUAGAUAUAUCCGAUAAAAAAGUUGAUGUAUUACCAAACAGCAUUGGUGAACCGCUUGAAGUUGAUAUAGGGACAUUGGUAGUCCGUGAUAUCGUAGCAUCAGGCAUACCAUGGUGGCCAAGUCUUCGCUUCUUGGACGUUGCUGGGAAUGCAUUAAAUUUUCAUAGUCUUGUAACUGCUAUUGAUUAUAUUACAAAGUUCAUCUCUCUACAUCCCCAUUUGGUCUACGUAUCCAUUUUGGACACUUCUUUAAAUCGACAUCCUUAUCACUAUCCGUAUGAAAGGGAUAAACCAUUGCAAAUAGCUAAUGCUGGCACACGUGCUCAAUGUCUUCUUUCAUUGCAACGAUAUUGGCGUCCAGAUCGAGAAGCUUUUGCAUCGCAUGCAUUACAAGCCGUAUAUUAUCUUCUACAAACCUCUUAUGAUGAAUUUCAGCCUGCUGAUUUGCGUCUUACUGUCCGGGGUGUUGUAUUGUCGAUGCUUAAUCACAAAAAAAACAUUGCAAUACAGAUGGCAGGGAGUGCCUGCCUUUAUCACCUCUGCAAAUCAAAAAGAAUUAAUCAACUUACCGCACAAGAGACGCGAUGCUGUGUUGAUCGAUGCUUAGAUGCAGCAGAAAAUCAUCCUCGGAUGGUCCAGCUGCAAAAGAAUGUAUGGCUUACGGUAUGUAGCGAUCACUUAUUACAAUCACUAAAUUUUGAUAUAUUCCGUACGUGUGAAAUAGCCUUAGAAUCAAUGGUAAACACGCGAGAUCCCUCAGUUUCAAGAAUGACGAUCGCAGUUGUAUCAAUUUUGGCUCCCAAAUUGCCUACCGAACAAAGUCAUCUUUUAGCCACAAAUAAACGAUAUGUUGCGCACUUGAUUGAAAUGAUCAAUGAAAAUCUAGACAAUCCCGACAAUGGACACGAUAAUUUCAAUAAUUUCACAGUAAAAUUUACUCUAUCUGCUCUCUGGAAUUUGACAGAUGAAUCACCGGUUACAUGUCGACUAUUUGUGCAGCUUGGUGGAAUUGCAGCAGCAUUUGGCAUUUUGGAACAAUAUCAAAAUAAUACAAAUAUACAAACCAAGGUUCUUGGCCUUUUGAAUAACAUUGCCGAAGUACGAGGUCUGAAGAAGCGAAUAGUACAUCAUCGAUAUAUUCGGACAGUUCUAGAGUUGCUGGAAAGUGAUCUGAUACCUGAUAGUUACGCUGCGGCUGUUGGUAAUGCAAGACAUAUCGAUGUUUCGUAUUUCGCUGCUGGAAUAUUGGCAAAUCUGUUGGACUGUGGCCCAUGGACAUUUGAACCGACAUCGGAUCACUGUAAUCAAUCCUUGAUAAUGGCAGUAAAAAGAUGGCCCAAAGCAUUGCUAACUAUGGUUGCCUAUCGGUCAUUUGUACCAUUCUUUGUUUUACUGAAACAGGAUGGUAUAACCGGAGCGCAAAUGUGGGCUGCAUGGGCAAUCCAACAUGUGUGUAUCAGUGACAGACAAAAUAACUAUAUAAAGUUACUCCUUUCGCAAGGAGGACGAGAAGAAUUUUUGCGUUUAGUCAAUUCAAGAUUUGCUCAUCCAGAUGCUGUACAGCUUGCUCAUUCUGUGCUCACUUUAAUCAAACAUUUCACUUAUGACCCAUCAAAACUCAAAAAUUAA